UGCAUCUUUUACCUGGCGCGUGUAUUUUAAGAGUAAGUCUAAUACCAACAUCUCUUUAUUUACCUAUUUACCGCAGCACUAAAGAUACUCCUAUUGUUUCGAUGGGGCCUAAUUGACCAAUGGCCUAUUGGUCAGGGUCUGCACUUUGAUUGAAGGAAUCUUCUUUCUGGCGUUCUCACGCCUUUUCGAUUCUCAUUCUCAUCCAAUCUGAUUAAUCUCGGCAUCUCAUCUCCAUCUUUUUCUCACACACAUGUUUCAUAUCAAACAGUUGGCACUUAACCUUAGAGAAUGGGUGUCACAGUUUGGGUCUGGCUUACAACACCUCUUGGAGGUAUUUCAGCACAAAAAUGGUUCAGAGACAAAAAGAGUUAUCCUUGCACUAAGCUUUCAGUGCUCAGCAAUCUACUGUAUCAUUCAUAUCGUCAUCAAAUCCAUACCGUUCACCAUUGGGCCUUACUUUGUACAUAACCCGUUUUUCUACCCUUCCAUCCUUGUCUGUCGAUACCUUUAUCCUUUUCUAUGGGAUAAAAUCUUCAUCAAUACAGUACAACUUCUUGGAUGUUCAGAACGGCCUGACAUUACUGCAAAACCUGCGCUUGAAUAUUUCUCUCAAACAAAACGAUAUUACCGACGAAUCCUCAUGGCCUAUAUCUCGACCAUGAUCCUCCGUAAACUCAUCGACUAUAGUGGAUUGCUAUCAAUACUUUGCAAGGGACUUGCGCUCGUGACUAUCGAUUUAAGCUUGAGAUACAGGGGCACCCAGCAUGUGUAUUGGAAACUAGUCAUCCUCGCAGUAUUCGUCAUCUAUCCUCGGUUUCUCAUUUGGGGUCUUCAAAUCUUCACUUUGCAACAGCUCUUGAUGUACGAGUUCUUACAGCCCUAUCUUGUGCGAGUUGGUUUUAAACAAUGGGAAGAACGAGCAUGGAUAUCUCUGUAUGGUAUUGAAAUGCAGGGAUUUGUAUUUGGUGUAUGGUUACUGUGUUGCAAUGUCCCAUGGAUCGGAAUUGCUGUGGUUCCAUGGUUGUUUCCAGCAGUUGUAUUCUUACUCAGUCGAUCCUGUGGGUCUAUGGCGAAUACAAGGCAAAAGCAUGGAGGCUAUAGAAAUAGUUUAGUUGAGAAACAAAGCCUUGGCGUUGAAGGAGAUUGGGAAGAUGUCGAUGUCAAGACUACCAUCCGUAGCAGUAUCAAUGCGAGCUUUAGUAGGCCUGAUUCGCACUCAGAAGACGGCGCACAGGUUUAUAGCCUUGAUAGGGGUGUUGAUGUGCCUACAACAAGGGAGAUUAUUGAGGCAGAUAAAGAGCGUUUAGCAAAACUCAAGCUGAAACGAUAUCAAGAAGAGCGGAUAUACUACCUAGAAUCUAGCGGGGAUUCGUGUCUAACGAUUGAUACGGAAGCACUCACACUGUCGCACUCACACUGUCGCACCCACCCAACGAUGUCCUGUCAGCGAGUUUGCAAGGUUCGAUGACUCCUUGCAUCAAUGAGGUUGCUCCUUCUAAUAGCUGGGAUGUAUAUUCAGAAAUAAGCGAACGAUCUUUCAUACAGUCAUAUCAUACUCAGAAUGGCAUUAUAGAUCCAUUCACAAAUCUGCAGGUUUCAGCAAUGGCCUCGAAACCAACAAUGCUUUCGUCUUACCGCGCAGAGCUAUCAUAGACCACGACUCCAGAGACCAAAACACGCUUGAAACGGCAUCAUGUGCAGUUCGGCAUCUCUAGAAGAAAAGCAAGCCUCAAUGUCUGACCAUAGUUAUUCGCCUAGCCACAAAGAUAUUCUCUGUGCUGAAU